AUGGAGCUGCAUAAUGUGUCUGCCCACUUCAAUUUCUCCCUGCCGCCUGACUUUGGCAAGCGUCCUACUGACCUGGCCCUGAGCAUCAUCCUAGUGCUUAUGCUGCUGAUAAUGAUGCUUUCACUAGGCUGCACCAUGGAAUUCAGCAAAAUCAAGGCUCACUUCUGGAAACCUAAAGGAGCAAUCAUCGCCCUGGUGGCCCAGUAUGGCAUCAUGCCCCUCACUGCUUUUGUGCUUGGCAAGGUCCUCAAGCUGAACAACAUUGAGGCACUGGCUAUCUUGAUCUGUGGCUGCUCACCAGGAGGAAGCCUGUCCAAUAUCUUCACCCUGGCUGUGAAAGGAGACAUGAACCUCAGCAUCGUGAUGACCACUUGCUCUACCUUCUUUGCCUUGGGCAUGAUGCCCCUGCUUUUGUACAUCUACUCCAGAGGAAUCUAUGAGGGAGACCUAAAGGACAAAAUACCCUAUAAGGGCAUCAUGAUAUCACUAGUCAUGGUUCUCAUUCCUUGCACCAUUGGGAUCAUCCUCAAAACCAAACGACCACAAUAUGUACCCUAUAUCAUGAAGGGAGGGAUGAUUAUCACUCUCAUAUUCUGUGUGGCCGUCACAGCCCUCUCUGUCAUCAACGUGGGCAAUAGCAUCCUGUUUGCCAUGACACCACCUUUGCUGACUACCUCCUCCCUGAUGCCUUUCAUUGGCUUCCUGAUGGGUUAUCUUCUCUCUGCUCUCUUCUGCGUUGAUGAACGGGGCAGACGCACCAUCAGCAUGGAGACAGGAUUCCAAAACAUCCAGCUCUGUUCUACCAUCCUUAAUGUGACUUUUCCCCCUGAAGUCAUCGGUCCACUUUUCUUCUUUCCUCUCCUCUAUAUGAUUUUCCAACUUGCUGAAGCAUUUCUCAUCAUUGUUAUCUUUCGGUGCUAUGAGAAAGUCAAAGCUCCCGAAGAGAAAACAAAAGUAAUCUAUAAGGUUGCCACAACUGAAGAAGCAAUUGCAGAAGUUCUGAGUAAUGGCAGUCUCAAAGGGGAGUCUUCUCCUAGCACAGCUUAG